AACUCCUAGCCAGUCUGUAACACGUGCUUUCUGCAGAAGCCAGUUCAGUGGUGAAACGCUACUUCCUUCGUCGUUGGCGUUUCCCACAAGGGAAGGCUCUCGUCAUGUUUUGCACUGCGUCUCCCGUGUCGUGGCUGAACAGAUUAGGAGGAAGGUGUGUUGGGCGAGUUGGCCUAAGGACGAGGGCUUGUUUGAAUGUGGACUCUGGCUUGUGUCAAAGAUCGAUAUUUUCACUUGAACAAGCGCACAUCCUACCAUCUUCAGGAUACAGUUCUACAUCAACGACUCCAACGCAAUUUUUUGUGCGGCCCCCAUCGAGAAGUCUAUGCUUGUCAGCUAUGUGUAGGAGACAAGCGAAAGUUGAAGAUCCUGACGACCCUGUGAAGUUCUCUUCAAGCAAAGCUGCUGAGUGGCGAGUGCAACAAACUUAUGGAAACCCCUUGAGACUCGAAGAUCAGCCGCCCUCAUCCCAGGCCUACGUUGUCAUAGCCUCUAUCGCAGCCUUCCUCAUCUACUUCUGCAUCCUGCGUGAAGAAAACGACUGGGACGAGUACAUGAACCUCAACCUUUACGAAAGACUGAACCAGCUUGAGCAAGAACAGCUCGAGGAGAAACUCGCACUGCAUGAAAGUGGCAAGCAGAUUCUUUCUCCUGGAGAAGCUUCAUUGAUAAAGCAGAAGUUGAGCAAGCUGAUGAAAAAGGACAUGGAUGCUGGUUGA